CGCCGGGCGGCAGCAUAUCAUGUACUCCGCAUCGUCCUGUGCUCCGGACUGUGGUAGCGCGUCAUUAGUGAGAGCCAGUCCGUCCAGUCGCUUUCGGAAACGAACCCCACUACAAGCAUCCCUGUGCCUAGCUGAUCCCCCUCCUCGUACCGGCCACCCGACCAACGCUGGCUGAGUACAUCAACAAAAAAGAGUCAGCAGCAUCGUGUGCAUCAUCCAGGCCUGCGUGUGCCUGUAGCUAAGACAGUAUCUCAUCCAAGAACCACAAUGGGCAAGAAAGAAGUAUUGGUUUGUUAUGGCGUAGAUAUCGACGCAGUGGCCGGGUGGCUUGGGUCCUAUGGAGGUGAGGACAGCACCAGCGACAUCAGCCGGGGGCUUUGGGCCGGGACAAUUGGGACUCGAAGACUUCUGAAGUUGUUCGAGAAGUACAAUAUCAAAGCCUCCUGGUUCAUCCCCGGCCACUCAUUGGAGACAUUUCCAGAGGAGUGUGCCAUGGUCCGCGACGCGGGUCAUGAGAUUGGUCUUCACGGCUAUAGUCAUGAGAACCCCGUCGAUAUGACCCUCGAGCAGCAGAGAGACGUGUUGGAUAAGACCUGGAAGAUGCUGACAGACUUCUGCGGCAAGCCGCCUCGUGGCUCCGUUGCUCCCUGGUGGGAAACCAGCAAGGAGGGUACCGAGCUCAUGCUCAGCUAUGGCAUUGAGUAUGACCACUCCAUGUCGCACCAUGACUGUCAAGCGUAUUGGCUCCGCACAGGGGAUUCUUGGACCAAAAUUGAUUACUCGAAGAAGGCCGAGGAAUGGAUGAAGCCACUGGUGAAGGGGCAAGAGACGGGGCUUGUUGAAAUCCCCGGUUCUUGGUAUAUCGAUGAUCUGCCUCCAAUGAUGUUCAUCAAAGGAAAUGCGAACUCUCACGGAUGGGUAAACCCUAGAGACGUUGAAGAUAUUUGGAAGGAUCACUUCGACUACUUCUACCGAGAAUACGACGAAUUCAUCUUCCCCAUGACCAUCCACCCUGAUGUGUCUGGCCGUCCACACGUCUUGCUCAUGCACGAGCGCAUAAUUGAGCAUAUCAACAAACACGAGGGUGUAAGAUGGGUGACCAUGGCCGAGAUGUGCGACCACUUCAAGAGCAAGAACACACCAGCACCAGGUGCUCUGAUGCCUGCUGAUGCACAAGAGGUAAUGCGAAAGUAUCAUGAGGCCAAGAACAAAAAGUCGUAACUCUAGACAAGAUAGUGUUUUGAUGAAAGCCUUGGAAGCAAGACCCAUAUUGAGGAGCCGCCUGUUUGAUGUUUAUGACACGUAUCAAUCGAC